GUCGGAUCGUGCCGUAUGAUGAUGUGCUGAGGACUGAACGUGCUUCAUUUAUGUGAAGGAGAGAUAACACAUAUAUGUCGUUGUCGUAUCGUGUCUACCGGUUUUAUGAGGACUAUAUAUAUCGGCAUUGGUUUGGAAAUGAUGGCCGUUUAAAAACGCUCUCCGAUCCUUUGCUAACGACUGCCUUCCAUCCUCCAUUGUACAAUGCAAAACUGAAUCCUGCCUUGAAGCUCAAAUAUAAACCGGCAGCAAUCUUCGACAUGACGGAAAAGCGCAACUCUCUGGAAAAAGUUCCAGAUGAGCGGCCAUGUUUGCUGGAGCUGGAACUCGGGACUCUCAGCUUCAAGCAUCAUCCACUCUUCACUAGAGAAUUUGUACUGGCUCAGAAUAUCAUGUCCAUGUACGAUGCUUACAGGGAACGUCUAGAGUCUGAAGUGGGAGUACGUCUGGCUCAGCGGCUGAUGGCACUCCGUUUGGCCCGCGAUAAUCUGAUCAGAGCAUCUGUCACCGCGUCGCCCUCACAACAGGCUGUCCAAGCUGACAAACUCAAAAAGUACAGCGCCGAAAUUCGCAAGGUGCGCGCGGCGCGCUUGUCGGAGGGCGCACGCGACCGCCAGCUGACUGCGCGCCUGCUCUGCGAAUGGCACCAAUUGAAGCAACUGCGCAUGCGCCAACACUUUGCCAGCACUAGGCUGCAGCUGCAGAUAUAUAAGCCGGAGCAGGGCAACUCUCCCUUCAGUCUGCCUGACGAGUUGGCGGCCGAGAUCAGAAAUCAAGUAGCAGAGCUGGAAGCAGAGGCCUGGGAAGAGUACAAUCAGAAAAUGGAAGAAUACAAGCAGAAGUGGAAUGAAUGGAAAAGGGAAUCGAAAGUCAAGAAAAACAGCGACCAAGAGCCGGAACCGCCCUUGAAACCAGAUCUUCAAAAUUUGCAAUCGGACGUUUCGAAAAUGGUGUCCGAUUGCAUCAGACCGCCUGAUGAGCCUCCAAUCGUAUUGCAGCUUACUGAAGACACGCCCACCAAUGACGUCACCGAUACAGCUGAACAACAGCGCAGGUCACUGGUGAAAAGAUGUCAGAUCGCGUUUCGCAUCCUCUACAACGGACAGGAGGUUUGUCAGACAUUGCCGCAGUCACUGGACCAGAGCUUCAAGGUCACCUUCAAUCAGCUGUUCGCCAUUCGCAUUCUCCAUUGGCCGCAGACGCUCUCCGUCGAGUUGAUUAUGGAUGGCAGGCGAAACGUUGCUGAGAUUUUUAUUCCGAUUCCUUCAAGCGGGGUAACCCUGGACUCCGCGCCCGUGGAACAGCUGGUGUUCAGCAGCUGCUCUGUGGUGAGAGGAGUGAAUGGUGUGGGUGCAGUGGGCGCCGGUGUGGAGUUCUCGAUUGUGCCGGGUGGAGCGCCACUGUGUCCCUACACUGAGGGCGUGGUUAUCUGUCGCACCGGCUGGGCACAGGAGAACGGUGUCGUCUUGUGUCCGCCCGACAAGUAUUUGCCCGCUGCUGUCAGGAGCAGGAACAAAGUAGCUCCAGCUCUGAGCCUGAUCAAGGACAUAAGCAAACUGAAAGAUUGGGCCGACAAAACACAGCUGGACCCAAACGAUCCCAGUAAUGCCGAAUUUUUCGAAUCGUUGAAGGCAGCAUCGCAUGAAGUGACGCUUGUAAAGGAGCCUCUAUUGAAUCCACUAGUUGCGCAGUUUGAAUUCUGCACCGAUGAAGAACUGGAGAAGAAUCCUCGACUCAAACUGCUGCGUCUCAGAGACCAGGCCACACCUGAAUUCAGAGGAGUCAGAUGCAUACCACUGCGCGAACGGGAGAUACCGCCCGAUAUUUUCAAGAUCUACGAGAAGAGACUAUCAACGGCCAGCAGCCCCUUGAAACAGGGGGAGAGUGUGACGGGGUUGGGUGGUGGGGGAAGCAUAGAGACACAUAGAGCGUAUGGAGUGGUUUUCCUAGCCAAGGUCAAGGACAACCUAGUGAGGCGAUUCAGGCAGGCAAGGCAUCAGAGAGCGCUCAGGGAUAUUGUCAUUGAGGACCAGGUGCCUGAUAUGGGAACUCUAGGCUUGACAUUUAUGAAAUGGCUUCAACCAAAAAGACCUCUGCGACCCAGGCGAAAAGAGCGCACAAAAGUGCCUGUCAAAAGUUUAGCCGGACAUGAAGUCAAGAUAAUUGUGAACGUAGUGCGCGCGUUCGAGGUGCCGGUGCGGGCUGACGUUGACCCGGGGCCGGGGGCAGAAAACGGGGCCCGUGGGGGCGGCAUUGGGGGCAGUGGGGCGGCACUAGUGCCAGUACGCCCCUUUGUCGAGAUCAGCUUCCAGGGCCAGCGAUGUCGCACCACCACUGCCGAAGGCGCAAAUCCCACAUGGAAUCAGGAUCUGCACAUUCCGCUCAAGGCCCCAAACGGAGACAUGACCCCGGGUGGGCUGCAGUCGAUACGGGACAACCUCUACUGUCACCUGUACGACGAGACAGUGGUCGACCUGUUGGAGGAUGACCGCCAGCGAACCACCAACAUCCACCAACGCAUGGAGCGACAUUGGCUCGGCUCGCUUGCCAUACCGUUCGCCUCGCUCUAUGCCAACUCAAGGGUGGAAGGCACAUUCAAGCUGUACAGUCCGCCGGUGGUGUUAGGCUACGAGAGAGGGGACAGCCACUCACAUGCCCCCCGUCACGUGACGUCAUCAGCCACGCCUGCCCACCCCACCCCUUCCCAUCUGCGCAACAACACAUUCCUCACCCUAUUCAUCACCGUGCAUCCACCGCUGCAUUUACCUGAGCCGUUCAAGGAACGUCUUGAAUGUAGCGAACCUCCUCACCUGGAGCAGUACAUGGAGGAGUGGGAGGCUCAAGUGAAGCGCGAUUUCCCUGACAGAUCAGUCAAGUCAACCGUCAUGGACGUCAAUGGGAAGUCAGUCUGCGUCACACGCUUUUUCAGACCUCUAGAGCCGCCUGUGUUGGAAGAAGGCGUAGUCACCUCCCCAGAAAUGGCGGCUUGGUUUGUCUCCAAAAUCCCCUCCACUCCAGGCAGUAUUCUCUUUCCAGGAUUGUUCGACAUUUGGCUCACAGCUGAUCAAGUACUGAAAGUGCUGCAAGGCGACUCUGACGACCUGGCAAUUCUGCUAUGCUGUUUCUUUCUGCGGCUGGGUUUGCGUGCCUGGCUGGUGCUCGGUGUGGGCAUACCCCACGGUCGCAGCUCGUUUGUGCUGACUCAGCGAGGUGGUGGCGUGGAGGGCGAAAGUGGAGGAGACCAGUGGCAUGUGUGGGAUCCAACCACUGGACAGAAGUUUGCGCUGACUGACAGUUUUUGUCCUCUGCAUCGGGUGCACUGUCUUAUCAACGAUGAAAACGUAUGGAUGAACGUUCAACGUGAAGAUCUACUACGCCGUGUGCGCCUUGACGUGGGACGUCGCGGCGACUGGUGCGGCAUGUUUGCCAGGGGCGCCGCAGCCGCUGCAGCCGCCGCCAGUCUGCAGCCGACGCAGCUCGAAUUCGCACCCACUUCCGCUGCAGACGCCCAGGUUCUGCAGGACCGUAUUGAAAAGCUGCUCAGGGACUCAAUAGCAAAGUGGAGACCUACUGCCAGGACAGUAUGGAACCGCUAUUGUAUCGUAACGUUGAGGAAACUGUUGCCUAGCCUGGAGAAAGCCUCCUGGUCCAAUGAGCAGACGUCCACUAUUCUUCAAGAACAUCUGCAGGAACUCAAUCAUAUACUAGCUUCCCAUAAGAUGUGUGGAUUCCCUCUGAACUUCGCCUACACGAAGAUCGAGGAUAUUGAGGAGGCGGUGAAAGGUACGGGAGUCCACUGCUAUGAGAGCUUAGAUGUGGAGUUUGCCCUGGCCGUCUAUGUGCACCCCUACCCCUGCGAUAUUCUGUCUGUCUGGGUGUAUGUGGCCUCUCUAGUUCGCCGAAGAUAGUCCACUCAUUUCACUAUAGUGAGGUUCACGUUGUAACGGCAGUUGAACAAGAAAACCUUAGCUGAUCCU